AUGUCGACCAGUGCUGGAAGCAAACCUAUCACUCAAGCAAGCGGGCUGGGGUCUACUCACCCUAGUAAAAGGACAAUGUGGGAGAGUUACCAGAUACUUCCCAAGCGAGCCAAACUUAUAAUCGCUGGGUCGAUUGGUGUAGUUGGACUCGUAGGGCUGUAUGCAUCAGACAGACUAGAGGAGGCAAUCCCUGCCAAGGCCCCCCCAUCGAAGGACGUACCUCAGGCAGGAUAUCAAACAGUUUAA